AUGGCUUUGUCAUACUUUGCCGUCCGUUCUCUCCAAUUACUUUCGCUCAACCACCCCGUCCAAUGUCCGGUUGUGUUGGAUGGCCGCAUUACCCAAAACACCACUCUCUCGGUGUUCGACACCAAUGCCAGCCGGUUCAACCCCGGAUACAGCAAGGGCCAGAACCUCUCAUGGUCUCAGAUCCUCGAAUUCCCCGAAGUAGCACCAUCGCUCUUCGACGCCUCCACGCCCGAGAGCUUCAAGCCCAUCGAGGUGACCAUCGACGACAGGUCCAUCUUCAACCCCAGCGGCACCAACCCGCAGCUUGGCUUCAGGAGGGCCGGCCUGCUGCUUGGCAACGGAUCUGAUGCUUCAAAUGAGGGUGUAAUGACGUUCCAUUGGAGCUCAAAACAGGAUGCCGCCCGGCCGCUGAACCUCACCCACGAGUACCUCACCGUGUGGCACGAGACCAACGACUCGUCCGGCUCGCAGUUUGCGCUGCAGCUCGGGCUGCCCCUGGGCUCUAACGAUACCUCCGAGGCCGCGUCUCACAGCUGCAAGAUGCUGCACCGGAACAACACCGUUGUGUUCACGUCCCCGCUCAACUUUGAGGAGUGGCAGAAUUUUGCCGUCACUGUCGACAUCCCAAAUGAUACAAUCCAAGUCUACUUCUCCGAGGGCGCUUCCCCGCUGGAGGCUGUUACUGAGGUUCUGCCGAACGACAACAGUGGUGGCGGCGCUCUUCAGAUUGGUUUGCUCAAGAAGCCCACUGAAACCAAGACAGUCGUGUUCGACGGGUUUCAGGAGAGUCCUCUGAACGAGGGCCAGAUUUAUGGAGGCUUAUUUGUGGAGAACAGCGCGGACAGCUGCGUCUCCCUUGGAUCUCCGAAAGCUUGA